AUGCCCUUUGCGAGCCAACUAUCGAAUUCCAGCUCGACAGUCCCCGAUUCCAACCUCGAUCCGACCUCUGUCUCGCGUCCGGCCAUUUCCGGUGCUCAGGUGGGAAACGCUCUCACUCUGACCGAUGACCAUGCGGCAGCAGCGCGUUCGUUGCAGGAUAUUAGCUUUGGGGCCCCUUCCACAAGCUAUAAUAUGACAGCCGAUCUCGAUGUGGAUUCUGAGGGGCGACCGCCCUAUCGCCAUGCUAUGUUGGCAGGCGGCAUCGGCGGCUGUACUGGCGAUCUGUUGAUGCACUCUCUCGAUACUGUCAAAACGCGGCAGCAAGGCGACCCUCACAUUCCUCCAAAAUACACAUCUCUCGAUCACGGCGUCCAGCAGCACGUUUCGUAUCUCUCGGCUGGGUUCCUCGGAGACCUCGGUGCUUCCAUUGUAUACGUUCCGUCCGAAGUUCUCAAGACCCGCCUCCAACUUCAAGGCCGAUAUGACAAUCCUUACUUCAACUCUGGCUACAAUUAUCGCGGAACUAUCGAUGCUGCUCGGACGAUUGUGCGAAACGAAGGCUUCUCGGCGCUGUUCUACGGAUACAAGGCCACCCUGUACCGGGAUCUUCCAUUCUCCGCGCUGCAGUUCAUGUUCUGGGAACAGUUCCACGCCUGGGCCAGGCAGUACAAGCAAAGUCGGGAUAUUGGCGUCCCGUUGGAGCUCUUGACCGGCGGCGUUGCUGGUGGGCUUGCGGGCGUCAUUACCUGCCCGCUUGAUGUGGUGAAGACGCGACUGCAGACCCAAAUCAACUAUAAUAUCCCCGAGCAGCCACCCAUUCCUAUGCAGGGGUUCACGCCAAUAAUCAAAAGCGCUCCAUCUCUACCUCGUCACCAUCCACGCAUACCCCCGACCUGGCGCAAUCAAUCUCCGAACCUCAUCAGUCUUCCAGGGACUCCGCCUGAUCUAUCAGGUGGAAGGUAUUGGGGUUGGUUUAGGGGUGUCGGUCCGCGUGGUGUCUGGACUUUUAUCCAGAGCGGCUGUAUGCUAUUCCUGUACCAGCGGCUUUUGCGACAGCUACAGGUCUGGGAUCCGGUCGAGGAAGUUGAGCUCUGA